UUUGAAUUCGCUCUACGGUAUCUGAAUUUUUUGGUUUCCAUCGUCAUCACCAGUACGUUUUUUUAAUGUAAAAAUCGUUCAUUUCAAGCUUUUAGCUUGUUUCAGAUCACAGGUAUUCCACAGGGUUCUUGAACAAUGCAGAGUUUCCAGGGAUUCCAAAACUGCAGCAAAAACCCAUGCAAGGGUUGUAGUACUUGAGUAUUCAGUUGGUUUGUUAUUUUUAUUUAUUUUCUUUUCUUUUUUAAAAAAGAGAUAUCUGGUAAGCGGCUUGAGGGAUUUAAAACGUCCCAGCGGGAACUCGCUACAUCUUCAGCUCAUGGAACGUGUGCAUCAUCGACGCUACUAUUAGUAUCAUUUGGCAAGGCGUACAACAGAAUUUGCCACGCAAUGGAAGACGCCAUUGGAGAGGGUUCCAGCUUCGUCAUCGGGAUCAUCGAAAAUAGAGCCAAAGAGGUUGGACUAGCUGCUCUUGAUUUAAGGUCCGCUUCCUUGCAUCUAUCUCAAUAUAUUGAAACUAGCAGUUCAUAUCAAAACACAAAGACGUUGCUUCAUUUCUAUGAUCCCAUUGUGAUCAUUAUUCCUCCAAACAAGUUAGCAUCCAAUUCCGCAGCUGCAGUUACAGAAUUGGUUGAUAGAUUUUAUGCAUCAGUCAAGAAGGUAGUUUCGGCCCGCGGUUGUUUCGAUGACACAAAGGGUGCUAUCUUAGUAAAGAACCUAGCUACUAAGGAGCCUUCAGCACUUGGUCUGGACACGUAUUACAAGCAGUAUUAUCUAUGCUUGGCGGCGGCGGCUGCCACUAUUAAGUGGAUGGAAGCAGAAAAAGGGGUCGUUAUUACAAAUCACUCGUUAUCAGUCACCUUUAAUGGAUCGUUUGAUCACAUGAAUAUUGAUGCAACCAGUGUUCAAAAUUUGGAAAUUAUUGAACCAUUUCACUCUGCCUUAUUGGGAACUAGCAACAAGAAGAGAAGUUUGUUUCACAUGCUAAAGACAACUAAAACUAUUGGAGGGACUAGGCUCCUCCGUGCCAAUCUGUUGCAGCCACUAAAAGACAUUGAAACAAUCAAUGCUCGUCUUGAUUGCCUGGAUGAAUUGAUGAGCAAAGAACAACUAUUUUUUGGUCUCUGUCAGGUUUUGCGUAAAUUUCCAAAAGAGACUGCGCUGUAUGGUUCUCUUAAUUCAGAUAGGGUAUUAUGCCAUUUCUGCUUUAAGCCAAAGAAAGUUACAAACGAGGCUUUGUCAGUUGACCAUGCUAAAAAGAGUCAAGUGCUAGUAUCGAGUGUUAUUCUCCUUAAAACUACUUUGGAUGCCCUUCCUCUACUAUCAAAGGUGCUUAAGGAUAUGGAAAGUUUACUUCUUUCAAAUAUCUACAAGUCAGUUUGUGGAAACGAGAAAUAUGAUCAUAUUAAAACAAGGAUAGGGGAGGUUAUUGAUGAAGAUGUGCUACAUGCCCGUGUUCCUUUUGUUGCUUGCACUCAGCAAUGCUUCGCUGUUAAGGCUGGGAUUGAUGGUCUCUUGGAUAUUUCACGAAGAUCAUUCUGUGACACCAGUGAAGCUAUCCACAAUCUUGCAAACAAGUAUCGAGAGGAUUUCAAGUUGCCGAAUUUAAAGCUUUCCUAUAAAAACAGGCAGGGAUUCCACUUUGUUAUACCACAGAAGAACAUUCAAGGAAAACUUCCAAACAAGUUUAUUCAGGUCGUAAAACAUGGGAACAACAUUCAUUGCUCAACUUUGGAACUAGCAUCUUUGAAUGCUAGGAAUAAAUCUGCAGCAGCAGAAUGCUAUACCAGAACAGAGAUUUGCCUUGAAGAACUAAUGGAUUUCAUCCGGGAGAAUGUCUCUGCGUUGACACUGCUUGCUGAGGUCUUGUGCUUGCUGGAUAUGAUUGUGAAUUCCUUUGCUCAUAUGAUAUCCACUAAGCCUGUUGACCGAUAUACAAGACCAGAAUUUACUGAGAAUGGACCAAUGGCAAUUGAUUCUGGUAGGCACCCAAUUCUAGAGAACAUACACAAUGACUUCGUUGCCAAUAACAUAUUUCUUUCUGAAGCCUCAAAUAUGGCGAUAGUGACAGGCCCCAACAUGAGUGGAAAGAGUACGUACCUUCAACAAGUGUGUCUCAUAGUUAUUCUUGCUCAAGUUGGAUGUUACGUGCCUGCUCGGUUCUCAACUCUAAGGGUAGUUGAUCGAAUGUUUACAAGGAUGGGAGCAGUUGAUAAUCUUGAAUCAAACUCUAGCACGUUUAUGACAGAGAUGAAGGAGACGUCUUUCAUAAUGCAGAAUGUCUCACAAAGAAGUCUGAUUGUUAUGGAUGAACUUGGGAGGGCCACUUCGUCCACUGAUGGAUUUGCAAUUGCAUGGAGUUGCUGCGAGCAUCUUUUGUCACUCAAAGCGUAUACCAUAUUUGCGACUCAUAUGGAGAAUAUAUCAGAAUUGGCAACGAUUUAUCCAAACGUGAAAAUUCUUCACUUUCAUGUUGACUUGAGAAACAACCAUUUAGAUUUCAAGUUUAACCUUAAGGAAGGACCAAGACAUGUCCCACACUAUGGUCUUCUCUUAGCAGAAGUGGCAGGACUACCAAGUUCGGUUAUUGAGACAGCCAGAAUGAUCACCUCCAAGAUUAUAGAAAAGGAAGUGACGAGGAUGGAACUAAAUUGCUUGCAGCAUCAUUCAGUACAGAAGGCUUACCUGGUUGCACAGCGCCUAAUAUGCCUCAAAUAUUCCAAUCAAGAUGAGGAGAUGAUUCGCCAGGCGUUGUCGAAUCUUAAAGAAUGCUACCUCGAGGACAAACUUUAGAGUUUACUUGGUUUAUUCAAUCUAUUCGCGUGUGAAUAUUCAUUAUCCAAUGUUUUUGUUACCCAUGAUCACAUCCAGUGUGAUUUGGAUUCCUCGGACAAAUUUGGACUUUGCUAUACAGUAAAAAUGGAUCUAAUUAGAAGUUAUUUGAAUGUAAGAUUAUUAAGUUUACCUAAAAUAUCAAAGAGGAGAAGAUCGAUGUACAAAAAUUCUUUGUUUUAAGCCGUGGAAAACCGCAUUUAGACGAUGAAUUACGUUAUAGGAUUAUAUCGGUACGGCAGUUAUUAAAAGGCUAAAACAUCCAAAUAUCAAAGAGAAGAAGAUCGAUGUACAAAAAUUCUUUGUUUUAAGCCGUGGAAAACCGCAUUUAAACGACGAAUUACGUUAUAGGAUUAUAUCGGUACGGCAGUUAUAUUUAAAGGAACUCGAUGUCGUAUGACAAUAUAAUUCAUCCCAACAAAAAAGAGAAGCUUCAAAACUUGACAAAUUAUAGAAAAGUAUUUGAUUCAGGCGUUCAAAACUCAACGACUUGGAAGUCAAAACAUCAAAUUCCAUGUCCUCAAAAUGGUAUUCAGAUAAUGAAAUAAGAGAUAACUGCA